AUGCUGCCGAUGUCAGCAGUGGUGGCGGUGGCAGGCGAGCCGGCCUACCUGCCCUGCGACAUCGCCACGCAAGAUGAGGACGACGCAGUGCUCUUGGUUUUAUGGUAUAGAGAAGAUUUAGGCACGCCUAUUUACAGCGUGGAUGCAAGAGAAAAAGACUUUGGAGUAGCAGAGCGGUGGUCGGACGAAAGCGUGUUCGCGUCAAGAGCAUACUUUCUACCCGACAAGAGACCAGCGGAGCUCGGCGUAGAUAGAGUCAGGGCCACAGAUCAGGGAAUAUACAGAUGCAGAGUGGACUUCAAGCAAGCUCAGACAAGAAACUCUAGAGUCAAUUUAACAGUGAUUGUGCCACCAACCAAAAUGAUCAUCACAGACGACAAGGGGGAUGUGAAGCAAGCAAUCGUCGGGCCCUACGUUGAAGGGGACACUUUCACGUUGAAAUGUGACGUAUCUGGAGGUCGUCCACGUCCUUGGGUCAAAUGGUUCAAAAAUGAAAUAGAGACCGACACCCCAGCAACGGCUCUCCAAGGAAACACAGUGAGGGGGGUCCUCAGGGUGGGUCCUUUGACUCGAGCCGACGUCAGAGCUACACUAACAUGUCGAGCUUCGAACCACUUGAGAGCGCAUCCUAUUGAAACUACAUUGACUUUGGAUAUGAAUUUUCCACCCUUAAAUGUACACAUACUCGGAUCGAAUCAGCCUUUAUCAGCAAGCAGAAGAUACGAUCUUCUGUGUCAAAGUUCCGGAUCUCGACCACCCGCAUCCAUCACUUGGUGGAAGAACGGCCAAAGGAUAAACAACGCUAAGGAAACGCUAUCAACGGAUGGCAACACAACCACAUCAACCGUCUCCAUACAGCUGACGAAAAGUGACGCGGGAGCCAAACUUGCGUGUCGCGCGUCCAACCCUCAGAUGCCAUCAGAACCUGCUUUGGAAGACGAUUGGCUAUUAGAUAUCCAGUAUGUCCCGGAGACCGUGGUGCGACUGGGUACUAAUUUAGACCCGACCAAUAUUCGGGAAGGCACCGACGUGUACUUUGAUUGCAUCAUUAAAGCCCAUCCCUAUGUGUAUAAAGUCGAAUGGAGGCACAACGGUAAAACUCUCCACCACAACGUGGGGCAAGGCAUCAUCAUCAGCAACCAAUCGCUGGUACUCCAGGGGGUGGGGAGAAAAACUGCUGGCAACUACACUUGUGUUGGAUUCAACGCUGAAGGAGACGGGGAGAGCAAGCCAUUCUCUUUGGAUGUUUUGUACGCCCCGACAUGUAGAAGCUCUCAACAAAGAGUGCACGGUGUCGCAAAACAGGAGCGUGCUCAUAUAACAUGCCACGUCGACGCCAAUCCGCCUGAAGUCAGUUUUCGAUGGACUUUCAACAAUACGGCGAACAACAAUGAAGUCAGUAACACCUAUGUCUCGAGAUCCGGCACAAGCUCCACAGUGACCUACACACCGCAUACUGAGAUGGACUACGGAACACUGCUGUGCUGGGCACACAAUCGUAUUGGAAAACAACGGGUGCCCUGUGUUUAUCACAUCAUUGCUGCCGGUCGACCAGAUCAAGUCCACAACUGCACAGUGGUGAAUGCGUCGCUCACGUCGUUUGGUGUUCGAUGCUCGGAAGGCUUCAAUGGGGGCAUGCCUCAGUCAUUUUUGUUAGAAGUUAGAGAUAUUGUUACUCAGGAGAUCGUAGCCAACGUGUCGAGCGCCGUGCCACGCUUCACGGCGGGCGGGCUAAUACCGGGACACACAUACGCCGCUGCCGUGUUAGCGUACAACGCGAAGGGAAGAGGAGACCCGUACCCUUUAAGAGCUAGCACGCUGCGACCGCCCGAGAAACACCACGUUCAUGAUAAGAGUUUAGAUAUACCAAAGACUGCCUUUCAAAUGUCGGGAGCGAUGUCAGCAGCGGUGGGUGGUGGCGGGGUUUUUAUGGUGGUGUUGGUGUUGUUCAUGGUGGCUGUGCGUCAGAGGUGCACCAAACGCAAGUUGCGCUCCGGAGGCGCCACCUCCCAGCCAGCCUCCCCGGAUAAACUCCGGGAGAAGGAUGACAGCGAAAGUGAUGACAGGAACCCGGAUAUUAUACCGUCUGAUACUGAUCAUUUGCAGCAGGUGGAUUACUUCCGCCAACAACAAGUGUCAACAAUAUCACCGCCCAACAACAGGGCGCCGAGAGGAAGCAUCGCCGGGGUCCGCGGCAGCAUCCCUGGCUACUGCCCGCUGCGGACUGCGCCGCCGCCUUCGCAUCCUCCCAUACACGACAAUACUACGUCAACUCCAGGGAUACCGCCGCCAGCAGGUUUCGCGGGUGGCUCCUGCACUCUACCUCGUAACACGGGUGCCGCGAACGAUCGUUGCAUCCCCCUCCAGCACCUGCGCACCCUGCCCCGUGCGCACCCACAUGCGCACCCACACGUGCACCCACAUGCGCACCCGUCGGCGCACGCACACCCAGCGCGCGACACCCCCCUUUGACAGACCACGCAGCUAUAGGGCCUGUAAAUAAUGCUCAAGUAACAAUGAGGUGAACGUUUCGGUGAUUUCAUGCAAUUAUUAUAUUUGGACAAUAUGUUGCUGAUUCAUUCAUUAUGACAAUUUCUAUUUGAAAGUGAUCAUCGAUUUGUUGAAAAGACUUUUAUCUGUGAAUAAUGUUUAUAAUUGUAGCUACUUAUUUACGGUUAACGAAUUCUCGCUUAGUUUAUAGGUAUCGUAUUUUAUAUCUCAUAAUAUCACAAUGCUAGUUCCGAUAAAAAACUGAUAUUACAUUGCCUAAAUAUUGUACAACUUCAUCAAAAUAUUGUUAUAUGGUAUGAAAAUACAAGCAAGGUUUUUAAGAAACAAUUUCAGUACCUCGUAACUGUCAAUGUGGUAAUAAUGCUUUCAUUUCGUCCGUUAUGUAUUUUGUCAAUUUGGUGUCAUAUGCCAAAUUAGAUAUGUUCAUAGUUGAGAAACCCCUAUAUUAAAUAUCAUUAAUAAACGCAAUAUUAAAAUAAAUAUUAUAGUUAACAAGACGCCAUUUAUGAAUUUUACUUUUUGUCUUGCGCUUGACUUCAAUCCUAUCUGAUGUUAAGUGGCUUACAAUCUAACAUCUUAAAGCACUAAAUUUUAUGUUGUGAUAUUAAAUCAUCUGAAUCACUUAGCGUUACAACAUUGCCGGUAGUUUGCUACCAGCAUGUACUAUCCGAUUGCCUGCUAGAAUAAACCCUAUUUUAUAUUAAAGAAAAUCAAAAUUAAAUUAAAAAUCGUUGACCCUGAAAAUCAAACCCAGAAAUUUUCGAGUAGAGUUAUAAAUCCACAGUUAUAUACGUCAACACCAGAUAGAUCUGUGAAUCUAUUGAUCAAGGUUAAUCACGUUUAUAGGAAAGUUGCGGUUAACUUUAAGUUCGAGCGCGCUUGCCAGAAAGUAAAGUUGAAAGAUUAAACUCUCGUCUUGAAGGAAAUCGAGUUAUAAAUUGUGACAAUAUUUUGAAGCUUAGAUGCAUUUGGAUGCUUCAGAAGAGCUUUUCACACCGCGGUUUGUAUUUCGAACGCUGAUAAAAAGUUCAUUUGCAUGUAAUACUUUUUUAUGAUGAAAGUUCUGUUUUGUUUGUGUUAGUAAGGUGUACGCAACGCACGACUAGUGCGUUUAUGUGUGUAAACUUAUGGAGCGUGGAAAGCAGAAACAAAGCAUUUUUGCUUUCCCCGCUCCAUGUCGCUCUUUUAGUUUCAUUCAUGUCUUCACGCUCCAUCUACUACACCGUGAAUAAUUUAAACUUCUGAGCAUGGUUGUAAUCAUAAAAUAUGUAUGAAUAAUAAAUAAUUAAUUUUAAUACAUUAUUAAUUUUAAUUUGUUUGAUGCUAAGCAAAGUGAUCACAAUGUAAUGUACUAGUAAUAAUGUACAUUGUUGCGUUGCUUAGCUUUCAUGUAGCUCAAACAAUGUCUGAAAUUGCCGAGACUGUUAAAUCUAAUUUUAAUUACCUAAAUAGUUAGGAUGAACGAAAUAUUGGACUUUGUUACGGUUUGUUUGUAAAUUGUAAAUAUCAUUGAUAUUCCACGAAUAAUCUAGAUUCAAAGUAUUUGAUAUGGGUUUAUAAUACGUAAUAAUAUAGGUGACACAUAAAAAUAAAAAUGUUUGUUUUAAACAAUAUUUGAUAUUAAUUCAUUGAAAGCUUUAUUUUAAAAUUAAUUUACAAUGGUUGUGAAAAUUGUAAAAUUUCAUAUAAGAAAUUAAUAUUUUAGCCAACUGGAUACGUUUUCUUUAUUACAAUUGUAACUAGUAUAUCAAAAGUUAAACUUAAUUAUUAUUAUUUGAUUAUGAAACACGGCUAAAACUCACGUGAUAUAAGGUCGGAGCAUGUCCGACUAGUUUCGAACCCAUACGAUGACAUUAAUGAACCGUCGGAGAGUGUAACGAAACCACCACUCAACCCCUCUCCCAGCGCGCGAUGCGAUCAGCUGCGCGCCGCGCCGCCGCUUCGUAGUUUGAAUCGUGCCGCGUUGCAAAAACCGGGUCAUGACUAAGGGCCCCGUAUUGGUUCAAAACUAGUCGGGCAUACUCCGACCUACUAUCACGUGAGUUUUAGCCGUGUUUCAUAAUCAAUUAAUAUGAAUAACCCUCACGAUAGUUUAAUUAUUAUUCUUAACGACGACAGUUUUUUAAAAGUAACCAACGUUAUAUAUAAAGGGGGCUAAAGAAAUGGAAUUAAAUUGCGUUUCACAUUUUUUUCUAUAGAUUUGUACAGUUAAUAAUAUUUAAAUAUUUAUAUAAAAAAGCAAGUUUUUAUUUAAAUAAAUGCCCUAACAUUUUUUAAGAGUAGCGUUUUACCGUUAUGUCAUCUUAUGGUAAGUCAAGUUUUAAGUUGUAAGGACAAGUUUUCCUAGAGUAUGUCUUUUUACUUAUCUUUUAAAGAUACCUAUCAUGAAACAUCAGAGCGUGAUUAGGUUUGUCGGCUUGAGCCAUGAUGAGCUGAGAUAGUACGAAGUAUUCUGCGAGUUUGAUAGGGAGUAGUGGGAGGCCGAGUGCGAUAUAGGCGACUAGCUCAUUCUUGUCAUGGCGUUCGAUCUGUCAGCACCUUUUGUUGGAUUAUUACUUGGCGGGAAGAAUAACUUGAGUGGAUAUGGGGAGUGUUGACUAGUUUUAAAAGACGUCUUUAACCCUGCAUCCUUCGGUCACAAGUCCGGGACUUCGCUCAAGGUUAUUCUGUGCUACUCGAGGGUUUAUUGGUAACAUUCUUAGUGAGAGUUGUCAGACCUGUUUUGCUCUUUAAAUCCGCUUCUUAUGUCAACCCGUUUCCGACAUGUUUGCUAUGAUAUACAUUUAUCAAUUAAAAAAAAAGCGGCUGUCAAGGCGAGUUACAAAAUAACUUGCAUGAUUUAGACACCGUCUAAUCAUCAUCAAAUCAGUUUCAUAAUAUUACCAUAGCGAUUAUUGUCAACAAAAAUACACAAGUACCUAUAUUAAAAAGUCCAAUUGCAUGCCUGAAAUUAAGUCUAAUUUAACUUUAAAAAUUUGAUCAAAAAAUAAACAGGGCAAGUUAAAUAAAAGCUUGUAAAAUUUAAGUAAUCAAAAAACUCCAAAGUUGUAAUAACAUUUAAAAACUUAUACUAAAUUUAAUUUAAGUUAUUUAUUUUAAAACACUAAUACUUCUAUACUAUAAUUUUUGAAUAUGACCCUCAUCUUACCUUAAAAAACACACGGAAAUUAUUAUAUUUUUUUUGAUGAUGCUUUAGGAUAAGCAAAUAAAAAAAUGUCCAAAAUCCUUGAAAUAUUUAUAUUAGUUAAUUUACCAAUGUGUUUUCAAGGUUAAUUUUAUAGUCAUAUUUAAGUUCAAAAGGCAGAUGUUAGGUCACGUUCGGUCUAUUUUAUUAUUUUAGUCGAGUACGAACGAUAUUUGGAUUUACCGCCCAAAAAUUUUUCGUACUCGACUAAAAUACUAAAGUAGUCUGUACGGCGUCUUAGUGUUUUUAAUAUUAAUAAUUCCUAAGUAUUGACAUUUACCUAUUUGUUAAUUCAUGUAGUCAAAAAACCAGUGAUGGCUGGACCUUCGUCGUCUUAUAAAAGGUGAUUUGAUAACUUUGACAAAUGAAUGAUUGUCACAAAACUGUCUAUAUAAUAAUUUCUUUAUUUUGCUAUUAUCUGCGAAAAGCCUCUAUUUAGAGAGUAUUUUGUCGGACCUGGGUGACGUUGUCGAAUGGGUUCGUCGGCUUUUCGCGGAUAAUAGCAAAAUAAAUAAGCUAUUAUAUAUUCAUGAUGAACUUCCGCAAAGUAACGCCUGAUUCUAUCCAAUACAAAACAUUAUGUCGACGGAGGAUGACUUCACAUUGAUUUUCUAAAAGAAUACGAAAUAUGCGAGGAGAAUGACUAGAUGCGAGCAGGUUAGUCAAGUCGGGUUUUUAUAUUUUUUUUAAUUAUUUUUUUUUUAUUAGAAUUCAAUGGUAUGUGCUGACUAACUUUUAUACGAAGAUCUGGCCAUCACAGGUUGUCGUUCUAUUAUGUGUUGUUAAUAAUAAUUAACAAAAUUCAUGUUGAGGUGAAAUAAAAUAAUUUAAGUUCAUAUUAUCAAAUUGUCCGUUACGGAAGACUUGUAUAUAUACAAAGUUACUAGUGUAAAUGUUUUGUAUUAUACAAUUUAACAUAAUUUCUGUGUCGUCAACAAAAUAUUGGGACACGUGAUUAAUUUAAGACAUUCGCUUUAGAUAAAAUAAUUUUGACAAGCAAUGUAUUGAUAAAAUUUUUGUAUUAUAUAUUUUUAGUUUAAAAUUGUCUAUUCCGGUAAGUCCACUUGGCUAUGGAUGCAGUGGCAAGAUGUACAGACAAGCAUUUGACAGGUGUGUUGGUGAGUAAAUAUAAUUACAUAUGUUUUUAUAAUUUGACAGUGUGAGCUUGGAAUUCAUGUGUAUCUUUCUCCAUCUUUACUAUGAUGUUAGACAGUGAGAGAUAUAAACGAAUUUGAGACACUGCUUAGUUAUUACAACAGUAAUUAUAACGGAAUAAACGGAUUAUAAAUGCAAAUAAAUCAAGAAAGCUGAAUUUAGAUAUGGCGUGGGGGAAACCGAGAAAAAAAAAGAAAAGGGAAACUUCAAAUUCUCGACCAAGAUUUUCUAAGUGCAUUUUCCAGCUUAUUGAAAAAAGGGUUGAAUUCAGUUUUUUUUACAAACUCCGUUGAUAUACGAAAAUUCUGAUUUUCGUUUAUAAGCUCUAUAAAUAAAGUUCUUUACAUUUCUCAGUUAUUGAGAUAUUGAUCUAAGUCAGAUCCCACGUCAUAUCCAAAAUUCAGCUUUCUUAUUUCAUUUACGUUUCCAUAUUAUGUGGAAUAAAUAAGAAAUACAGAUUAACGCUGCGUGUGUGUGUUGAGAGAUAAUUCUCCUUCAGUUCUCGCUUGCACUAUCAUCUUACCUCUACAUUUAAAGUCAAAUAGACUUCCCGAAAUAGAUUAACUAUAACAUUUUCCUUUUAUGAUUUGGUGUUGUCGAACAACUUAUGUGAGGUUCAUGUAAAGACGUCAAUACACAGCGACCAGUAUGUAGUGACUAUACCUACUAUAAUUUCAGGAAAUACCUAGUUUACUGGAUCCGAUAGGCCAUAUAUUGUUUUCAAAUAAUCCAUAGGGUUCUUAGAUUUUUUUCAGUAGGUAGGUUCUUAAAAUAUCAAUUUAUAAGAAUUAUAAUCGAAACAAGUUGUAUUUUUCUGUCCAAAUAUUUCAGAUAAAAGUAUCAAAAAUGAUAUAUUAAUUUAAGGUGGAGUUGUCAUCUUUCUUGGUAGAUCACUGAACAGGUGGUAGAAUUACUGUUCACUGAAUUAAAAAAUAAGCAGUGAUAGCCUAGUGGAUAUGACCUCUGCCUCCGAUUCCGGAGGGUGUGGGUUCGAAUCCGGUCCCGGGCAUGCACCUCCAACUUUUCAGUUGUGUGCAUUUUAAGAAAUUAAAUAUCACGUGUCUCAAUCGGUGAAGGAAAACAUCGUGAGGAAACCUGCAUACCAGAGAAUUAUCUUCAUUCGUGUGCGUGUGUGAAGUCUGCCAAUCCGCAUUGGGCCAGCGUGGUGGACUAUUGGCCUAACCCCUCUCAUUCUGAGAGGAGACUCGAGCUCAGCAGUGAGCCGAAUAUGGGUUGAUGACGACGACAACGAAUUAAAAAAUCGCAAUUUUUUAAAUUAAGUUGCCUAAAGCGCAAUUUUCUAUCGUGGUCAUGAACUAUAAAAUAGGUACAUUGUAUUUGCAGCGUCAACCUUAAGGCUAAGUUACACAAUGAGAGUUCACGUUUGCGAGCGACCGUUUCUUUCUAGAUUACAAUCUUAUCGCCAAAGUGACACUGAGAUAAAAUUGUUGCUUAUAUAGAAGAAGCUAAACCUCGCAUCCAAGAAACUCUCCGUGUGUAACUAACCCUUUAUUUUAUAAAGAUUGCGACUGUUUUAUAGCCGGUGUAAAAUUUUCUUCUUUAAACUCUAUUAUUCGAAACAAGUAUGUCAAACCAUUCGUCAUUAAUUAUGUUCCACUAUCGUUAACCACUAGUUUUUCGCAAAUCCCUCGGGAAUCAUGGAUUUUUCCGGGAUAAAAAGUAGCCUUAGUGUUAAUACAUGCUGUAAUAUAUUUCAAUGUCAAAUUUCAGCUAAUUCGGUUCACUAGUCGAGCCGUGAAAGAGUGACAAAUAUUCAUGUCAUCAAAAUCAUCAGUUUUCGCAAAUCUCGGAAAGCCAUGAAUUUUUUCAGGAUAAAAAGUAGCCUAUGUGUUAAUCCAGAGUAAAAUCUAUUUUCAUUCCAUUUCAGCCAAAUCGCUUCAGUAGUAGCGGCGUUAACGAGUAACAAAAAUCCAAACAAACAUUCAAACAUCCAUACAAACUUUCGCGUUUAUAAUAUUAGUAGUAUUAUAUUAACCGCAAUACUAAAUUAGUUUGUCGGGUGCAAGAAAUGCAAUACAAUUAUAUAUACAAUAUAUAUACAAUUAUAUUUUUGACGCUAGACGCGUCAAAAAUAUUAUAUUUUCACGAGAGUUAAAAAAGGGAUACGUUAAAACUCAGCGUUGGCGCUUUUAAUAACGAUCUUAAUUUAAUUCAUGGUCUAUUUCCAACGCCCAAAAUUGAAAAUGCAACACUACUCGAUAAAAAAGGGUCGUGUUUUAAAAACCCUGUCGUGUAAACAUAUACUAGGGAAUACAUUUGUUGUAUUUAAACGCUUUUUUAACGUCCGUUAAAAAACUCUCGUGUAAAUGAGGCUUUACUGUGCAAAGUAAACCUUAGGACCUGGCCGUAAGAUCACGAGAUAUACGAGAUAUACGAGUAGUACAUAUCUAGAACUACCUUGAACAAAAAUACAUGCACUUAUGUAUUUUUUUUGUUGCUAUAAUCAUACAUGACUUGGUUAUAGCCUAAUAAUUCAGUCAGUAAGUUACACUUUACUUGGUCUCUCAAAAAUAUUGUAUAUAAAAAAAGAUUGCGACGAAUUGAUAAUCUCCUCAUAUUUUGAAGUCGGUUAAAAAUGUCUGAAUAACCACGAAUACCUAAUAUGUCGCAAGUGUAUUGGCGUCUAAUAUAAAUUGUAUUACAAUUUUUUUUUUUAUUUAUACAGUCAUCGAAACUUUUUAUAAGAAUAUCUUAAUUUGAUAGUAAAAUGUUAGUCAAUAAUAAUUAUUUUAAAGCAGAUAUUUAAUAUCUAUAAUUAUGUUACUAGCCAAUUGUUUUGUUAUGACUAAUAAUAUCACUUUUAUAGAGAAUUUUAAUUAAUUAUGUUUGUUAAAAGUUAAUGAAAUGUAAAUAGUUUGAACGAAGACUUUCUAACUGUCGGGAUGUCGGUUUUCAAUAAAAUAUUGAGAAACGAAAAUAAAGGAAAAAUAUUCUAAAACGUU